ACGCUUUUUCAGCGUGAAGGUUUGAGGGCCAUGAUUUUGAUCCUUCUAGUGGACAACACCAGCUUCCGAUCUGCUUCUUAAACCAAUACCACCAUACUUUUUUUGACAAAUCCCUCAACCAUUCCCUUUUCCCUUCCCCUCAAUCUUGUUGUGUUCCAUCUUUCACCCUCACACCAAGCCUGGAACCCCAGCCAUGAACUUCCUCGGCCUCUUUAUUGCCGCUUCCAUUCCCGUUCUCAAAGUGCUUCUGAUUACAGCGCUUGGCUCUUACCUGGCUCUCCCACACAUCAACAUCUUGGGCCCGGACGCCAGAAAGUAUUUGAAUGAAGUCACUUUUUACGUCUUCAAUCCCGCGCUCGUCUCCUCCAACCUUGCUGAAACCAUUACAUAUCACAGCAUGGUCAAGAUGUGGUUCAUGCCUUUUAACAUCCUCAUAACUUUCGUAGUGGGAUCUCUAUUUGGUUGGAUUGUGAUUCAAUUGACCAACCCACCUCCUCAUCUCCGGGGUCUCAUCUUGGGGUGCUGCUCCGCUGGAAAUUUGGGCAACAUUUUUCUGAUUAUAUUACCCGCGGUUUGUAAAGAAAAGGGAAGCCCGUUUGGGGCCUCCAACGUCUGCACCACUUAUGGAUUGGCUUAUGCUUCACUUUCAAUGGCGAUAGGAGCCAUUUUUUUAUGGUCAUUUGUAUACAAUAUUGUUCGAGUGUCUUCAAGGAGGCCCGCCGCUGAUCCCAGGUUUAAUGACUUGCCCAUCAGUGCUAGAUGCUCCGAAGCCUCGUUGAUAGAGGAGCCAUUGAUUCACAAUCAAUCACUUGAUGAUGAUGAUGAUUCUUCUCAGAAAUUAUUAGUUUUGGAGGACGAUGAAGUCAUCUUCUCUUCGGAAGCCAAACAUGAGGUUUCUGCUGCAGUCAGAAUAAGGACAUUCAUUGAAUCGCUUAAUUUGAAAGCAUUGUUUGCCCCUUCAACAACUGGAGCGAUUGCUGGCUUUGUGAUUGGCCUCAUCCCUCAACUUCGAAACUUGUUGAUCGGUGCGGAUGCGCCUCUGCGUGUGAUCGAUGACUCGGCUGCCUUGUUGGGAGAUGGAGCCAUUCCAACUGUGACACUAAUCGUAGGAGGGAACCUUCUAAGAGGUUUGCGAGGAUCGGAUUCGGAGUUGAAGAAAUCCAUCGUCGUCGGUAUUGUUUUUGUUCGUUAUGUUGCACUGCCUCUGACCGGAAUUUUGAUUGUGAGAGGAGCUGCAAACUUUGGUUGGGUGGGAACCGAUCCCUUGUAUCUGUUUGUUCUUCUGCUUCAAUUUGCAGUUCCCCCUGCAAUGAACAUUGGAACAAUCACUCAAUUGUUCGGAGCAGGAGAGGCAGAAUGCUCCGUUAUUAUGCUGUGGACAUACGCCUUAGCUUCAGUUUCACUCACACUUUGGUCCACCUUCUUCAUGUGGCUCGUGGGUUGAUUGAUUCUCCAUCAACAACGGCAACAAAACUUCAUCAAACUUUUGUCCUCCGGAUCUUACGCCAUGUCCACCAGAAAUGUAAGAGCUUACUUAGAGAUAGGCAGCAUGCGCGUAUAGUAAGUAGGCUCUUUACAACAAACCUUUUUGUGGUUACAUUUAUUCAUUCAUUUAUAAGUAAUAAAAGUUACAUUUCAACGUGCUGUUUA